AUGCGGCGCGUUGCGAUAGUUUGCGGUAGCAAGACUACGUAUCUCCGUACGAGGAUGUUUCUCAUUUGGGACCAAUCUUCUAAGAAGAUGGAGAAACAAACUGUUGGUCUUGUUCACGGGUUGCUGUCUCUGUCGUUGCUGUCAGAGAGUAUGUUCUACUUGUCACUUAAAGGAGGGAUCAAGACUGCCGUAUUUAGACAAUUUUAUAAAGACGAGCAAUUGGUUGAUAGAGAUCCUUUUCUGGCUAUUAAGGAUAACUUCAUGUGGUUAUUGGAGGAAAGAUGGCAGCAGAGGAGAUAUAGAAUAAAAAAGCAAAGGGAACAGGUCCAGAAAGAUAGGCAGAUUUUUCUAGCAGCCAAGAAGCAGAAAGCUGAGGAGCGUCUCUGUGAUUAA